AAGCCCGCCCAUCACGCGCCGGCUCCUCCCAUUGGCUGAGGCUCCAGGCCCUCCUUUUCCGGCGGACCUGCGGCAAAGAUGGCGGCGCCCAUGUGGACCAGGCGGCUGCUGCGGCCCGCUUUGGGCGCGCGGGGAGAGUCGAGACGCAAGCACGCGGGUGCUGUGCACCCCGGGGUCCUGCAGCUGCCCCCGGCCCUGGCUCGAGCAGCACAGAGCCUUCUGCAGGAGGAAGGCUGGAGCCGGGAGCAGGCGGAGGCGCUGGGAACGCGGCUAUGGGGGCACCGCCCCCCCGAGCUUUGGGGUGCGGAGAAGACGCAGCAGAACCCAGAACCCCAAGUGAGGUACACGGCGGAGCUGGCACGCGCAUACCUGGCGGUGCGGUUGGAGCGGGACCACGCGGCCGUGGGGCGCGCGCUGCAUGAGAUCCGGCUCCGUGCCCCAGCUUUCACCCCACACACGCUGCUGGACUUCGGCUCUGGGCUGGGCACCGCGUGCUGGGCGGCCCACGAGCUGUGGGGCCGCAGCCUGCGUCAGUUCCUCUGCGUGGGGACGGCCACGGCCAUGCGGGAGCUGGGAGAGCGCCUGCGGCACGGAGGAGCUGCCACAGGCCCCGCCCACUUCGGCCCGGUCUUAGCCCGCCCCUCCCUGCCAGCAGAGCACAAGGUGCAGUGGGACCUGGUGGUCGGCUGCUACGCCCUGGGGGGGCUGCGAGGCCGCGAGGCGCGGGCAGGGAUCGUGCGGGGGCUGUGGAGGAGGAGCGCGACCUUCCUGGUGCUGGUGGAGCACGGGACGCGCGCCGGGCACCGGCUGCUGAUGGAGGCGCGGGACGUGCUGCUGCAGGACCCUGACGGUGACAGCGUGGAGAUCUUCGCUCCCUGUCCCCACCGCCAGCCGUGUCCCCGCCUGCGCCAGGACCGCGCCUGCGCCUUCGCCCAGCGGUACCAACCGCUGCCGCUGCACGGACACCCCCCAGACCCUGCACGCGAGCUGGUUUCCUUCCUGAUCACCCGGCGGGUGGGCAGCCCUGCGUCUGUGACGCCACCGGAAGAGAGCGUGAUGACGUCACCGGAGGACCUGAUGACAUCACCACCAGGGGGAUGGGCGCGAGUGACAGCUCCCGUGCAUCCGCGCCCUCGCCACGUGCCGCUGUCGCUGUGCUGUCCCGACGGGGCCCUGCGGCGGAUGACGGUGACAGCAGCGCGACACGGGCGGCUGCUGUACCGUCAGGCACGUGCCAGCCGCUGGGGGGACCUCCUGCCACUGCCCGGUGACGUGGAGAGUGACGUCACGCCCACUAAGGCAAUAAAAUCCAGUGAAAAGUGACA